AUGGCCCCCAACCUCCAGGAGCUCACCAUCUCCAAAUUCCACUACCUCCUACAGAACAAGCUCACAACCUGCGUCGAACUGGUCAAUGCCUACCUAUCCCGAAUUUCCCAAUACAACCCAUCCCUCAAAGCGCUCAUCACAGUCAACCAAAACGCCCUGGAGAUAGCACACCAAAAGGAUCUCGAAAUAGCAGAGAUCCUCAACCAGAAGGACAGCAAAAUCAAAUUUCUACCCCUCCAUGGCAUCCCCGUAAUCCUCAAAGACACAUACGCCACAGUGGACCUCCCUACAACCUCGGGCGUGAAAGCCCUCCAGACUCUCCAGACAAACGAGGACGCCUUUGUCGUCCAGAGACUCCGUGAUGCAGGUGCCAUCAUCCUUGGCAAGGCGAAUCUGCAUGAAUUCUCUCUGCAGGGGCUCACGCUUUCGUCGCUGGGAGGUCAGACUUUGAACCCGUAUGAUCUCUCCCGGACGCCCGGUGGCUCAUCUGGUGGGACUGCGGCUGCUUUGGCGGCUGAUUUCUGUCUUGUCGGGUGUGGCGGGGAUACUAUGAAUUCGAUCCGGUCUCCUGCGUCGGCGUGUUCGAUUGUCGGGUUCAGGCCGACUAAGGGCCAUGUUUCUCGCUGGGGGACUAUGGGGGUCUCUGAGACCCAGGAUGCGGUUGGGCCGAUGGCUAGGACGGUCGCGGAUGUGAAGGUGCUGUUUGAUGUCAUGCGAGGGGAGGAUGGGAAUGAUCCCGUCACGGUGAAUCCUUUACGAUGGAAGGAGAAGGGGGAAACGCAGAUAUCGUCGUCGUCACUACGGAUGGGGAUCUUACAUUCCUACUUUGGGGAUUUGAUCACUCCGGAGUCUGAGAUGGUUCAACACGUUAUCCUGGAUGCGCUCAACAAGUUACAAGCAGAGGGACUGGUGAUGGAACCCAUUUCCCUGUCAACGACCAAAGAGUGGGGACUUUCUCUGCUUCUUCAAGAGUACGAUGUCCAGUCUUAUGAAUUCCGAGACGUCCUGAAUACUUUCCUUCAAUCGCCUUUGAUCAAGCACACACCACAUACGACGCUGGAGUCGAUCGCGGAGAGCGGCGAGUACGCCCGUUCAACCGUAACGGAUGUCUUUGUCAAUGCAUUGCAGCCGGAACAGUUCUCGAGAGAAAGUCCGGAUUACCAAUCAAGACUUCAGAAUAUUGAACGCUUGAAAGGUUCCGUGGAGAGAUGUUUCGAGGAUCAUGCAUUGGACGCACUGGUCUAUCCUCAUCAGAGACGACUAGUUGUUCAGGUAGGUGAACCGGAACAAAAAGGGCGAAAUGGAAUCUUGGCUGCGUUGACAGGGAGACCGGCUAUAUGUAUUCCUGCUGGUUUUUCGCUUGAAACUGCCACAGCGCCUCGAGGCGUCCCUAUCGGAAUAGAACUGAUGGGGAAACCAUGGCACGAUGAUGAAUUGCUAGAUAUAGCAGAGAGGUUCGAGUCGAUUCUCCAGGCGAGGAGGGAGCCCGAUUUGACAUGUCUCAAUGACCGGCUUUCGAAGUCAUCUGCACCUGCAGUGAUCUCUGGUGAACAUCGCGACAAAUGCUCUAGAUCGUCUUGGCCUGCGGAGGGGGACAAAGCCCAUAAAUUCAACCACGAUCAUCCCGGCCAGAUGUUUAGGCCCCUUGGGUGA